UCUCUGUGCAACUGCAACCCCCUAAGAGUUAGGAAAGGAGCCCUAAAAAAAGAGAAAAAAGAAUGGAGCCACUGAAUCCCUUUUCUCUCCAUCCUUUCCUUCUCUUCUUCAUCAUCAUUAUGAUCUCCAUCACCCCUCCUAGAACUCUUGCAACUCAUCAAGAAGGAGCUGGCCCAAAGAACAAGACCGGGUCGAUGACCGAGCAACUCCUCGCCCAUGUGGUCUCCGAGUCGCUGCAAUUCCUCUACGCGCACAACAUCGUGAGGCAGUCCAAGUCCGAGCCACCGCUCACGUGGGACUACAAUCUUGAGAAGUACGCCCGGUGGUGGGCGGGUCAGAGGAGACACGACUGUGAGCUCAUCCACUCGUUUCCUGAAGGCGAGUUCACCCUUGGGGAGAACAUUUUCUGGGGUGGCGGGUCGGCUUGGACGCCUGGGGACGCGGUGAAACUGUGGGUGAGUGAGGAGAAGUACUAUGACUACAACAGCAACACGUGCGAGGAGGGUCAGGUGUGUGGGCAUUACACACAGAUCGUGUGGAAGGACACGAGGAAGCUCGGGUGCGCCCGGGUAGUGUGCGAUAACAGGGACGUCUUCAUUACCUGUAACUAUUAUCCGCCGGGGAACUAUGAAGGCGACCGUCCAUAUUAACAAUGGCUCGCUAUAGAUUAUAUCCAUUGGCCUAUAUAUAUCAGAACGACUAUAUAUACUUCGCGUAUGAAGUUCUUAUAACAAUUACUUUUGGCUGGCGCAUUGUGGCACUUAAGAUAGUAUGUAUAGUAUGAUAUCUCAUUGUCAUGUGAGAUUUGUAAGAGAUCUAACACGAUAUAUAUGUAUAAGAAA